AUGUUUGGGGGCGUCUCUUCCUCCCCAUCUUCACCCCUCUUUUUUUUUCUUCGACCUUGUGAAAGGGGAAGAAAAGGGGGCAAAAAACAUCACGAAGCUCAUGACCAAGUCUAUGUGUACACUAGUCUAAACUUUGCAGUAUGGAGAUUUAUUUUGCUUGCUGCUUCUAUACUUCUUGUUUUUCUGCCCGUCCCACGUGAUUCUUGGUGA